CUGUUUAGUUAUUCUUGUUUUGUUGAAAGUGUUCGUAUUAAAAUGGCGGAUAAUUCAGAUACUAAACCUACUUGUACAUUUUUAUUUAAGAAAUCGAAUAAAAAAUUCGCAGCUCGGAAACGGAGAGCCAGCGGAAGCGAUGAAGGAAGCAGCGGUGCUGAAAACAGCACUGUUGUGCGUCGGCAGAAGAGGAUCAGCAUUCUAAACCCCAUGAUACAGAAGACAAAGAAGAUAGAACGAGAGCAGGAAUCUGACAGUGAAAGUGAAGAUGCAGAAAAAAACUCUGGAGGAAUCACUGUGGCUUACAAGUCGACUCGUUCUGCAAAACCUGUAGGCCCUGAAGACAUGGGAGCAACAGCUGUGUGUGAACUGGAUACAGAGAAGGACAGAGAUGCUCAAGCUAUCUUUGAACGAAGCCAGAAAAUUCAAGAGGAGCUAAAAGGUAAGGAAGAUGACAGAAUCUACAGAGGGAUCAAUAACUACCAGAAAUUUGUCAAACCAAAAGAUACGUCAAUGGGAAAUGCUUCUUCUGGAAUGGUCAGAAAGGGGCCAAUCAGAGCUCCUGAUCACCUGAGAGCAACUGUAAGAUGGGACUACCAGCCAGACAUAUGUAAAGACUACAAAGAAACAGGAUUUUGCGGCUUUGGUGACAGCUGUAAAUUCCUGCAUGAUCGAUCAGAUUAUAAACAUGGCUGGCAAAUUGAACAGGAACUUUCUGAAGGCAGAUACGGAGCAAAUGAUGAUGAAAACUAUGAAGUUAGCAGCGAUGAAGAUGAUCUCCCAUUUAAGUGUUUCAUAUGUCGAAAGAUUUUCAAAAACCCUGUUGUGACAAAAUGCAAACACUAUUUCUGUGAGAGCUGUGCCUUACAGCAUUACCGUAAAUCAAAACGGUGUUAUGUGUGUGAACAGCAAACUAAUGGCAUCUUUAAUCCUGCGAAAGAAUUGAUUGCAAAGAUGGAAAAGAUGAAAGGGAACACAUCUGACUACUCGGAUCAUGAAGACCAUGAUGAUGAGGAAAAUUAAUAAUUUUGUUUGAGUUACAUUUUCAUACACUUGCUGUGCUCAGUCUUUUGGGCCCUUAUGAGCCUUUUUUAUUGCUGGAGUCUGCCCCUGCCACAAUCUGCUGACUACAUCUUGCCAUAAGAAGCAUUGAUUCUUCCUAGACUUUACUACAUAGGACCAGCUCUUCCAAGGUGAUUUCUUUUCAUGAAUUUAAGUUGGGGCAAGGGUGAGAGGGUAAAUUGAUCUAGACACUGCCGAGGAGUCACGGACAGAAGCGAGUCCGUGACCUUAUCUGUCUAACCAGAAUCUUGUUUUCUUUUUAUGGAGGCAGGAAAUGAUAGGAUGCAAGUCUCAAGUUACAUCUGCAGACAUUCAUUGUUGCAGGUUACUGGCGGAUGUUUACUAGUAUUGGACAUUGCAUUCCACAAUGAGAGACUGGUAACACGGUCUAAUGGUAUUUUAACCAUUACCUUGAUGAGCCAUCUUACGAAUAACAAGUUUUGUAUGCAUUUGAGAGGAGCUUAUACAUUUCUGGUGCUCUUAACGAUAGUAAUUGUAUAUAGUAAGUAUAAUUUUUAAUUAAAAAGAUUCGUUUGACAUUUAAUUAUUUUUGUCUGUACCAGCUUCUUGAUUUUGCCUGUUCAAGAAAAGAGAUAAAUUUUAGUUUCUUUAUUGGUUUCCACCUUGCACCUUGUAGUACUGUUUGUGUAUUUUUGCAGUUGAUGUACAUUUUUUCCAGUUUUGCGGUGUCAUGAAUUUAUGCCAUAAAGAAGAAAGCCUGUGGAAAACUGCUUCUAACAAAACAUAGAUUAAAGCAUUUAUUUUGGCAACA